CCCCCUCACAGCUGCUAUAAGAGACCUCCCUGUCACGAUCGCUGUCACUCCGGGACAUGGUAUGGAGAGGUGACGACCUGGAGCUUGAGUUGGUCAACCUCGGAGUUACAUCCACCUUUACGCACGGCUCUUGUCUGCAUGCGGCGGUUUCCUAGUUGACAUUACGGGACUUAUCCUCCUCAGUGAGACUCUCGCUUACCAAUGAUGGCUUUCACUAUGCUGAGGCCGGUGUCCACUCAUCCCUUCUCUUACCCCGCUGACCUGACCAUGAUGUCGGACGACGAGGACGGGAGCCGCAGCGAGAGCGACGGCAGCACCGACCAGGGCUACGGCUUCUGCGGGACUUCGGGGGAGGGUUUCCGGCGGGAGUCCGACGGCGUGGUGGUGCAUACGCGGAACGCCGCCAACGCCAGAGAGAGACACCGGACCCAGAAUGUGAACACGGCUUUCACGGCUCUGCGGACGCUUAUCCCCACGGAACCGGUGGACAGGAGACUCUCCAAGAUCGAGACGCUGCGCCUGGCGUCCAGCUACAUCUCGCACCUGGCCAACGUGCUGGUGGUGGGGGACGGCCGGGAGGACGGUCAGCCGUGUCUCGGUGCUGUCUACAAGGAGCUGAAGGGGAGCGGAGGGGGCAAGCAGCCCAGGACCAUCUGCACUUUCUGCCUCAGCAACCAACGGAAAGGGGGGACGGACAGACGAGACUGUGUGAAGAUGCAUGGGCACAGUCGGAGACAAAUAAGUCGGUGAUGGAAAGGUCUGACCUGGAGCAGGAGUGGAAUCUUCUCUUCUUGCAAGCAGAACUUGUAAAAGUCUAUAGAGUCAUUUCAGAAUGACUCAAUGGAGUACUCUUUUUAGGAGUUUGGUCUCUUUGCCCUGUAUGAGAUAGAAGGUUUGGCACCAAAACCAUCUGUAUGUUGCCAGCAGAUGAAGAAACUCUUCCUAGGGUCAUGAGGGAAUAUUGUAAAAUUGAGAACAUUUGAGAGUAAAGCUGCUAUUGUAUAUGGUCAUGGAUGUUCUUUUCAUUUUAACAUAAAAUCUGCUGAGCAUUUUAUGAGGACUGGUAAAUAAAGAUAAAUUGAAAAUGUGCAAUCUUUGAGAGAAUAACAUCUCUUGCUCUGAGUCUCUAAACAUAAUGUUCUUAUAUACACAGGGAGUGUUUAACGUCAGCCAGAGUUUUGCACAUGGGCCACACAACAUUCAAUGUUACCUGCUGUCCAUUACUGAAAGGUUCAUAAUCACACAGAACUGUGGGUUAUACGAGUCACCAAUAACACAUUGUUUAGUUAUCCAAUAAUUCUAAUUCUAAACAGUAGAAUCUGACAUUUAUAUUAGGUAAAUAGUUAUUUUAAUAUGUGACUGGCAUCAGAUGAUCAUUGCAAUAAAUCUCUGUGAUACAGGUUAUGUGAUCCUGCUUAAGGUUUGUUUUUGUCUUUUGUGUUCAUAGGUCAAAGCAUUUAGUUACACAUUUGAAAUGACCAAUAAUUCAUUGUGUGAAAUAACUGACCUUUAAAUAUUGAAAGAUCAAUCAGAGACACAUCUGGUACCUGACCAUUUUAUAUGCUGUAUUGGGUAAAAUGUUUGUGAGACUAAACUCCAGAGUUUCGUAAGAGUUUGCAUUGUUCUUCAAGAUGACACUGAAAUGGUUUAGGUGAAGCUUGGCCCACAAGCAGAGCAGGACAGUCCACUACAUCUACCAGCCUGGUGUCAUAAGAUUAUGUGCAGCAGGAGACAUCUGUGCUUUUUCAUGACAAUGUUGUAAUCUACUUUGAAAUAAAAUUUAUUUUUACACAGACA